GCUGAAGUCACAUAAAUCUCGAGUCAUAUUGAGCGAACUCUGUGAUCGUAUUUCCUGAGCUUUAUGAUUGUUUUUUUAUUAUUUACAAGUGUUUAAAAAAUUCGGAAACGCGAGAAAAUUCAUAUUUUUUCAGAAAUAUUUUUACAGAAAUAUUUAAAGAAAUUUAUAUCUCAUUUUCCGCCAUUUCGUAUUCUUUAAUAUUUGAUAUCAAAGUAAUGAAGUAACGUGAAAUUAAAUGCCGAUAAAUUUUAGAUUAAAUGUGAAUGUGCGAAUAUUAUUUGGAAGAUCAUGAAUCUUUUACCUAAAACUCAUGAUGAAUUUAGUCAACCAGAAUAUUGGAAUACGUUUUUCAAAAAAUGUGGCAAGAAAAGUUUCGAGUGGUAUGGAGAAUAUUCAGAAUUAUGUGAUAUUUUGAUUAAAUAUAUCAAAAUAAAAGAUGAUAUAUUAGUCGUUGGAUGUGGUAAUUCCACUCUCAGUAUGUCGCUUUACGAUGUCGGAUAUCGAAAUAUUAUUAAUAUAGAUGUGUCAGAGGUUGUUAUUAAACAAAUGCAAAACAUUAAUAAGAAUGAUAAGCCAGAUUUAAUAUAUGAACAAAUGGAUGCUACGCAAAUGACAUAUCCAGAUGAAAAAUUUAGCGUUAUAUUGGAUAAAGGUACCUUAGAUGCUUUAAUGCCAAAUGUAAAGGAAGAUACAAUAUCUAUUAUUGAUAAGUAUUUUAAGGAAAUCAUACGUGUCUUACGUAAUGGUGGAAGAUACAUUUGUAUUAGUUUGCUUCAAGAACAUAUUCUAAGGAAAAUUUUGUCAUAUUUCACUGCUAAUAAUUUCAUGAUACGUGUGACACGAUGUCAUAAAACCGAAGAAAAAGCUAAACAAGAGGAAGGGAGUUCUAUCCCAGUAUUUGUUGUUGUAGCAACCAAAUUUAUAAAAUUAACAGAGUCGAUUCUUGAAAUUGCAUUAACUGAUGGAAAACCUGAAAGAGUAUCCUCCACAGAUACUGUAAUAUCUGCGGUAUUAUCGGUUCAACAAUCAGCCUUAAUAUGUAAUUGCCUUGAUAAAAGAAGUAUAUCUGAUGUAGGAGAAAUUUGUUUAGAUUUACAUAGAGUGGGUGAUAAGUAUCCUCGAUAUACAGUUUAUGUACUUGACCAACCUCGUGCUAAAGGAGCAAAAUCAUAUGCUGCGUUUAUAGUACCACAAGGAAAGGAAACAGAUUGGUUGUUUAGUACCAAAGAAGGAAGGCAACAGAUACUGCAGAGUACACGACGGGAUAGACUUACUAUCGUUACUCUUCGACGAGAACAUAAAUUUGAAAGUUGGGAUGCUGUAAAAACUGAACUUGGAGAUUGUGUACGCAAUUUAGCUCCAUCAGCUUUACCCGAUAAGAGUCACAUUCCUUAUUUAUCUUUAGAUACAGACAUAGGUGCUCGCACAAUUUGUUUUGAAGGUGAAAGCAAAAUUAGUGGUUCUUUUGUCGUUGAAGAAACCGAAGAGGAUGAACAUACACUGCGAAGACUAAUUUUUUUAAAUAAUCCAUACGUGAUACAGAGCGAAGCACGUUUAAAAGAAGUAAAGUCCAGACGAGGUAAAAAAAAGAAAGUAAUAGAUAAUGGAUUUUUGGCUUGCAAACAUCACGUAUAUAUGAGCAUAGGUGUUUCUAUGAUAUUAGAUUCUACAAAUUUUAAUGAAAUCAUGAUCAUAGGUCUUGGUGGUGGAGGCUUGUGUACAUUUCUAUAUCAUUGUUUUUCAAAUUUAAAAAUCACAACUGUUGAGAUCGACGAGGCUAUUCUUAAAGUGGCAGUUGAACAUUUUGGCCUUACUUUAGACAAUAGAAUGCAAGUACAAAUCGCAGAUGGUAUAGAAUUUAUAAAAAAUUCUGCUUCCGAAGGUAAGAAGUACUCGGCUAUCCUUUUUGAUGUUGAUAGCAAGGAUACUACCGUUGGAAUGAGCUGUCCGCCUAAACAAUUUCUUGAAAUAGAUUUGUUAAAAAUGAUAGCCUCCUGUUUAACAGAGAAUGGUCUAUUUAUUUUGAAUUUAGUUAGCAGAGACAGUACUCUUAAACAAAAAGCUAAAGACGAUUUAAAAUCAAUAUUUGUAUCUGUGGUAUCUUAUACUCUUCAAGAUUAUGUAAAUGACGUGAUCAUGUGUUCCAUAAAUACUCAGGAAUCAAAGGAAUGGAAAAAUAAAAUAAAAAAGGCUGUUGUGAAUUUGAACGAACAGGCGAUUAAAAGGAAAGUGUUUGUCUCGUCGGAUGCUUUUGAUGUAUCGUCGCUUGUUAAGAAUUUAUCGAUAGAAUCUUAAUACUUAAUAGAGUUUGAUCAAAUAUAUCAAAUAAGUGAAUCGUCUCCCGUUGUACAUUAUUAUCAAAAAUGUACAAAACUUUUUGUAAAUAAAUUAUAUGAUACCUCCUGCUAUUACGUAUAUUACGUAUUUAAACAUAAAUGAUUGUAAUAAUAAUUGUUAUAUUAGCAUUGGCAAAAUUCUUAUUUAUUUAAAUUUAUUGAGCACAAUUAUUCCUUCUUAAUUUACAUAAUUAAACCUAUAUUAAAAGUCAUUAAAAAUUAUAAGAUUUUAAUGUUCUUAUACAUAUACGCGUAUACACGUGCGUACAUCUGUAUUUGGUGGUGUAGAUUUAUAUUGAAAUUCAUUUUGAAUACCUAUAACGCGUACUAGCAACAUAUCAAAGUCUUCUUUUAUUUAUUUAUUUAUUAUUAUUUUUUAUAUUAUUAUUAUUAUUAUUAUUACUAUUAUUAUUAUUAUUAUUAUUAUUAUUAUUAUUAUUAUUAUUAUUAUUAUUAUUAUUAUUACACUGGGAAUACCAAUGUUUGAUAAAAUACUGGGCCUCUCUGAUUUUGAUGUUAACUACACCAAUAUCAUCUCGAUCAAGAAGUAAGGUUUCCAAAUCUACUGCUUCUAUUAUGAAUAUAAAUCACUUUCAUAUCUCAUACGAACGCUUUUAACAACUUCAUUUCAUCGCAUUUAGUUUUGUUAUUAUUUAAAUCUUUCGAUAGAAUUAUAAUGAUUUUCAAUGAAUUCUCUCAAUAGUUUUAGAUUCAGGAACCAUUACUUGUUAAUUUCAUCUUCUACGAGUCGUUUUCUACCAUUCUUUUGUUUUGAUGUACCUAUGAAAAAUUAGAUAAUGCAAAUUUUCAUUGCAUAUAUGUAUGUGUAUAUAUAUAUAUAUAUAUAUAUACACAUAUAUUCCGAUGACCCUGAUUAAUUUUCGAACAUUCACAAAGUUCAAGUAACAAACACAUUCUAAACUUUCCAUUGCAUAUUAAAUGCACGUGGAAAAAGGGGGAGUGAUGCGCGAUUAAUAUGACUCAACAUGACAGCGAAUAAUCUGUACAAGAAUUGUCGAUCGGUAAUUCGAAUUAGAUUAAUGCGAUAAUCGUUUCAAAAUCUACGAAGAAGAAAGAUCCUUCGUUAUGAAAAGUAAAUUUUCGAAGUAUUGAAAUUUUUAAUAUUUCUUUUUUAAGACUCGUAAAUGAAAAGGAAAAAUGUUUUAUUUCUUUCUUUUUUUUUUCUUUUUACAAUUAAAACAAAAAAAAAAAAAGGAAAGAGAAGCAGAAAGAAGAAGAAAUUACAUAAGACGAUUAUCUUCUUAUAUACGAAUAAGAUUAUUUUUAUAACUGUUA